GCAAUUAGGGUACCAGGCCCAGACCAAAGCAACCAAGCCGGAGAACUUACUGCUAUACUAGUUGCCCUACAAACAAUCCCCACCUUCCGCCCAAUAACCUUCAUCACUGACUCGAUGUACGUCAUAGAAGGCUUGACUCGCCACCUAGGUACCUGGGAAGACCAAGGAUGGAUAAACAUCGAAAAUAGCACCCUCUUCCAUGCGACAGCAUACCACUUACGAAUUCGAUCUGCUACCACAGCGUUCCAAUGGGUAAAGGGCCAUAACGGUGACCCAGGCAAUGAAGCCGCUGAUGCCCUAGCGAGGGAAGGAGCCGAAAAAGACCAGCCUGACGAGAUAGACCUCACCGUCCCGGCAAACUUUGCCCUCCCCGGUGUGAAACUAUCUGCACUCACCCAGCACCUCGCCUAUGAAGCUAUCCGAGCACGGAAAGUCGCCACCACUCAACCGCGCAAACAUGCAACCUACAAUAUUUCCCGGAUGCGAGAUGGACUCCACGAUUUGUGGAACUCUUGCCGCAACCUAAACCUGCGACCACUAGUCAGACAAUUUCUCUACAAGGCCAUUCAAAGAGCGCACAAGAUCGGGGACUACUGGCUCCCCAUCGCGGGCUACGAAACCCGUGCCAUAUGCCCUACCUGUGAGGACUGCUCCGACAACCUAGAUCACAUACUGCUUGAAUGUCUAACACCAGCCCGAGUCUGGAUGCUUACCCAAGACCUAUGGCCAGACUCCUUUGGCCCUUGGCCAGCCCUUAAUUUUGGGGCCUUGCUGAGCUGUGGCAAACUUGCACCCCCACUCACGAAACCCCACCCCGGGGCCUCCCGGCUUCUUCAAAUCUUAGUAUCCGAAGCCAUCUACCUCCUAUGGGUCCUUAGGUGCGAACGCGUUAUC